CAUUUGAUGUUAAUUAAAAGAUUAUUUUUCCAUGCAUCUAGAACUUAACUGUUGAACGCAUCUGGCCUCAUAUUAAUUUGAGAAUUAACUAUCCUUUGAAAAGAAUUUUGUAUACUCUUCAAGAUGAAAAUAAAAUUGAUAUGACAUGUAAUACAACAAAAUUUUGCGUCUCUUUAGUUGUUGGACAAACGGCAUCAGCUGGUAUGGUAAAGUUUGUUUCCUCUUGGAAUUCACACUUUAUUGCAGGCAAAGGAAUACCGAUACAGCUGAGUCAAGAGUCUUAUGCUAUACAAAUUCCACCAGCUUCUUUACCUGAUACUGAUUCUGCUGUUCAUGAAUAUGAACUAUCUGGUGGCUUGUUAUCAAGAAGUGGAUCAUUUGGUGUUGACCCAUUAGAAAACAGAGGCGAUUUACGUGCUAUCAGAUAUGAAAGAUUAACUGAUGCUGUUGGUACUUUCGAUAAUAUUUUCUCUAAUGUUGUAUCUGGAGAUGGUCAUCUUUUAGAGUUAGCAAUAUUAACAUUAAUCAACACAACUGAAAGAUUGACUCAACUACUGUGACACUUACUAUAAUUUGAAUUUAUUAAUGAAUAUUUAAUUUAUAAGAGUGAUCUAUAAUAAAUUAAUGUAUGUGGGCGUUGGUGCUACAAGCUAAACUGCUGCAGCUGCAAAAUGCAUAUUUGCUAAGCUGCUGCAGCUGCAAAAUGCAUAUUUGCUGACAUCACAAUUUGCAAUCUGAAUCUGCACUUGCUCCCCUAAUAAUGAACCUGCAACCUCGUCUUAUAUAAGUAUCUAAAUGCAUAUCUAGUAUUGAAAUGUUUUUACAAAGGCUCAUUUUAAAUUGAACAGUUAUAAAAAAAGGGUGACAAAAAGGAAAACAUUGAUUUCAAAGAUUGGCCACUUUUAUACACCGG